AUUCUUGGUACAUUCAGAAUGUAUGCCACAUUGUAGCCUUGACCCUGCUAGUAAUGCUAUACAAAUUUAAUAAAUCGCCUGCAAUAGGAGGUGCAGAUAACUUUACAGGAACGGCUGAGUCUUAUCCACACCCCCAUCUCUUUAUCUGACUGGGAAUCUACAAAGGUUCUGAACCUAAUUUAAUGACACCAGAGAUGAGAACAACAGCUUCCACAUUUGCAGGGCAACGCCUACUGGUCACUGCGCCUGUGCCGCAGGUUGUUGCUCAACACCUUUCCGCAAACAUCUCCACAUCUGCGCUUCCUGCUUGAACCUGUGGAUGUUUCUCGCCGACAUUUCUCCGUCCAAUGAGGGAGUACCAGCUGUUUAAAGUUGUGUUAGUGACUGUCUGCGCGCUCGUCUCUGCUGUAUGUUGUCACUAUGUGAGCACGGGGGAAACGACGCUGAAUCGCACCGCAGUCGACUUCGACUCGUUCACAGUCAAGUUUCAGCGCAUCUACGAGGUCAGCGGCGACGAAUACAACCGUCGUCGUCUGUUUUAUCAGAAUGCCACAAAGCGACAUGUGUACCUGAACUCGUUUUCUACAGGGCCGCAGUCUGCCAAGUAUGGCAUCAACCAGUUCUCUGACCUUUCACAGAAGGAAUUCAGGGAUCUUUACCUGCGAGCAAUCCAUGAUAGAGCUCCUCUCUUCUCUGGACUCAGUUUAAAGCAGCUCCCAGCCAAAUUUGACUGGAGGGACAAAGCAGUGGUGGCACCGGUCCAAAACCAACUAUCAUGUGGCAGUUGUUGGGCAUUUAGCGUGGUUGGUGCCAUACAGUCUGUCCAGGCUAUAGGAGGCUCGCAGCUGGAGCAGCUCAGCGUGCAGCAGAUUGUGGACUGUUCCUACCAAAACAAAGGCUGCGAUGGAGGAUCCACAACCAAGGCUCUGAACUGGUUAAAACAGACCAGUUUGAAGUUGGUGCCUCAGUCAGAGUAUCCCUACAAGGCCAAGACAGGAAUCUGCCAUUUUUUCUCCCAGUCACAUGGAGGUGUUGUUGUCAAGAACUUCACUGCACAUGACUUCAGCGGUCAAGAGGAGGCAAUGAUGGGUCAGCUUGUGGAGCACGGUCCUUUGGCUGCGAUCGUAGAUGCUGUCAGCUGGCAGGAUUACCUGGGAGGCGUCAUCCAGCACCACUGCUCCAGCAAGUGGUCCAACCACGCUGUCCUGGUUGUUGGAUACGACACUACUGGGGAUAUUCCAUACUGGAUUGUGCAAAACUCCUGGGGAACAAGAUGGGGGAAUGAGGGCUAUGUUUAUAUAAAAAUCGGUGGCAACAUCUGUGGUAUUGCGGACUCUGCAGCAGCUGUUUUUCUUUGACAAUGCUGUUUUAAAUUUCCAUCUGAGCCAUUCUAUGUGGGUGUUUGACUGUGUGUCAAACAUGAAAUUACUCCUCUGUUUGCCUUCAAGUGUCACUUUAAAUAGUAUUUCAUUAUUGUAAUGUGAACGAUUUGCUGAAACAAAAUAAAUCACCUCAAUUGUUGGAAAAUGUUUAUUUAAAACAGAACAAUAAAACACUUACACACCACUGCAAAACUGCAAUAAUACGAAUAGUUUUACUGUACAAAAUACGCAUUCUAUUAUAAUACACAAGGUAGAUACAUGCUGUGAGUAAUAUAACUUGUACAUUUAUCUAUACAGAGAUCACAGUAAUCACUGCAUAAAUACAUCAUACAAUUACAUAUACUGUAUAUAAUACUAUACAAAACAUAGUCAGAACAGCUACAUUACUAAUACUAUGUACAAGCUUUAUGGUUCAUAUUUUAUAGUGUCACAUUUCUGCUUUGCAUGUGGUUCUAUUGUAGAUGUUGACAUUGAUGGGACUGAGGCUUGCUGUCAUUGUAUGUAUCUAAGCCACAUCUCGGUCGUCUGAAACAGCUCCUGCUAUGACACCUUCCCCAUGCCGACAUGAAAGACAAAACCCUCCGUCACUAUCAGCGUUGUCCCUGCGCGCAAGGUUUGAUCACAGCUCUCACUGAUCCAUUUUCUGUCAGGUCAGUCUAAGUUAAUUUAUGCAAUU